AUGACUGAAUCAAUUUCAACUAAUUAUAGUAUUCCUUCGGUAAUGAAAGCUGCUCAACAAAAUGGUUAUGGAGAAGUACGUAAUGUAUUAACACUUCGUAAUGAUGUACCUGUACCAUAUGAAUUAUCAUCAAAACAAACUCUUAUUCGAGUACAUGCUGGAUCAAUUAAUCAAAUUGAUUGGAAAGUAUUAAAUGGAAAUUUUUCAUCUCUUGUACGAUUAUCAUUUCCUCAUGUACCAGGUAAAGAUGUUGCAGGUGUUAUCGUGAAUAUUGGUUUAGGAGUAAAACGUUUUCAAAUUGGUGAUAAAGUUUAUGGAAAUCUUGGAAUGAAUGAUGGUAGUUUUGCUGAAUAUGUUCGUGGAGAUGAAUCAUUAUUUUCAUUGAAACCAAAUAAUAUAACAAUGGAAGAAGCAGCUGCUAUACCUUUAGCAUGUCAAACAAGUUAUCAAGUUUUAUUUAAAAAAGCUUCACCACCUAUUGGAAUGGAAAGUAAAAUAUUAAUUUGUGGUGGAAGUACAGCAACUGGUUUAUAUGCAAUUCAAUUAGCAAAAGCAGUUGGAGCUCAUGUAACAGCAACAUGUUCACAAAGAAAUUUUAGUCUAAUGGAAAAACUUGGUUAUGAUAUAACACAAACAAAUAUUGAAACAAAUAACAAUCGAAAUCAAUUACAUAUAAUUGAUUAUAAUGAAAAAGAUUUUGAACAUGAACUUAAGGGUCAAAAUUAUGAUGUUGUAUAUGAUUGUAUUGGUGGUGAACAACAAUGGAUAUCAGCACAACAAGUAUUAAAAUGUGGUGGUCAAUUUAUUACUAUUGUUGGUGAUGAUAGAAAAUCGAUUAUUUCAUUAAAAUCAUUAGUUUCAGUUGGUUCUAGUUUAAUAAAUCGAAAAUUUUGGUCGAUUUUUGGUUCAUCUCAUCAUAAUUAUAUAUUUCAUUUUGUAAAUCAAAAUUUUCAAGAACUUGAUGAUAUAAGAACAAAAUAUAUUGAAACAGGAAAAGUUAAACCAUUAAUUGAUACAAUAUAUGAUUGGCAAAAAGAUGAUGUUGAAGCUUUAUAUUUACUCUAUGAAAAAUCCAAAAGUGAAAAAGCACAAGGAAAAUUAAUUCUUAAAAUAGCUCAUGAAGAAUAA